AUGGCUGUUAAUCUAAAAUUAGGAAAUAAUCUUUUUACUAAAGAAAGAAGAAUAGCAGAAUUAGAAAAAAAAGUAGUUGAUUUAGAACAUAAAGUCUAAGAAUAUGAAAAAUUAAACUUUGAAUUUUAAUUGAGACAUAAAGAAGAUGAAAAGAAUUUAUUUGCAUUGAGAAAUUAAAAUAAUCUCUAUUAAAUAGAAGUAGGAUAGUUAUAAGCUCAUUCUUAAAAAUUAACAUUAGAUAAAGAAAAAUUAGAAGUUUAACUCAAAGAAAUUAAUGGAAAUUAUGAAAAACUCAAAGAAAAAUAAAAGGAAAUUAUGAAUAUAGUUACUAAUUAAUCAAAUGAAAUAAAUGAAAAUUUAUCAUUAAUUGAUAAACUCAAAAGUGAUCUUACUAAAAGUGAGAAUGCUUAAAUUCAAUUAGAAAAAUAAAUUCAUGAAUUGUGUUUAUAAAGAGAAGCUAAAAUUGCAGAUAUUAGAACUUUACAAAAAAGUAUUCAAUAAAAAGAAAAGUAUAUUGCAGUUUUAAAUAAAGAGAAGGAAAAAAGUGAAGAAAAUAAAGAUAAAGAAAAUAAAAUGAAAGAAUAAAAAAAGGGAAACUGUUAAUUUAAAUCAUCUAGUAUUAUUGAUGGUUUAGAUGAUGUUGAAUCAUGUUAAACAAUUAAAAGAUUGAAAAAUAAAUAGAAGUGA